AUGAGUGCUAGAAGUACCCACAAGGGGUUCGGCUCAUCGCAUGCUAUCCCUCCCAAUCCUACCUUUCUUGACUUUCCAAGAUCUGACGGUGACCCCAGCAAGUGGCCCACAAACACUAGCCCCCACGUCGACAGCGAGGGCCAUGUAAACUACAUGCGUCAGGCUGCCCUAGAUGAACCAUUAUCGAUCAAAUGGCGCGUCGAAGUCGCUGCAUCCCUCGCCACAAAGCUCAAUAUGGCUCAGGGCAACUAUGUAUUGCAAGGAUGGCCUGCGGGCUAUCAGAUGUACGAUCACAACAAAGGCCCAAAAGAUAACCCUCGUCACGAUGCUUAUCUUAUAGGUUCCACCUUCGCCAAACGUUUCCGCUCUGUCCCAGAAUUUAUUCCCCACGCCCUAUGGCUGCUUACAGACCCCGCGCUUGACCGCAGUAACUGCAAUUGCAAAUAUUGCAAUAAAAAACCCCAACGUGAAAUCACUGCUUCCAUGGGCCUUCUCCCAAAGCGUGGCGGCUCUACGCCCUCGGCUGCAAACACACCCACACGAACGAUUCCACCCCCCAGAUUGAAACGGCAGCCUCAGCCACCUAAAGAGAAACUCGCUCAAGAUAAAAGUUCACGCGACAAAGAAAGGUUUAGACCAUAUGUCGGUGUUCGUCGCAUGCCCAAACCUGUCAAGCAGCCUGUACCAAAGCAAAGCAUGCUCAGGGAACGCAACUCUGACUUGAGCUGUGCCUAUGGUCCCGAAGUCAAAGUUCGCCGAUGGUUCCGUGACGGCGAACUCCUCUGGUGUGCAUUGAACACCCCGAUCGACGGGCCAAGCGGCCCAGGUGGCGACGAUUCCAUCUUUUUCUGGCCAGGUCUUGUUGAAGAGACAAGAAUGAAGCCUACAGCCUUUCCGAAGGAUGCAAAUAUGAAUGUCCUUGAUGGAUCAUCAAGUAUACACCCGAGCGCAAACCCUAACACAUCCAAUGGCGAUGAGGAAGUGCCUUGGAUCAUCCGGCACGAUCUUUCUUACAAAAUGAAACUCCUCGGCAUCUCCCAUUCAUUGUACAUCUCAGACCAGCAUGUUCUUCCAUACCAAUCAGUCGCCCCCUCAGACGAACUCAUUCAAGCUAUUCAUGCGGUAUCCUAUGAGGACCUUGACCCAGAUCCCGCACGCACUUCCGCAUUCAACCCUUAUUCCACCUCUUCAGAAAUCACCUUUGUAAAAGCAGCAGCCCCGUACGGCAUCGCAUUGCAGAUUGGCGCAAAUAUUUCUGGGUAUUGGGCACCCACGGACGACUGGGAGUUCAAAUUCACCGUUGAAUACCCCAAUCUUGGUCCACCAAAAUCAGUCAGCACAUACCAAAGCCUAGAUUCAGUGAUGAACUCAAGUAUGGCACAUAAUGCUAACCUCGCAUCGUCCAUGGCGGCGCCCUCUGGCUCAGGCUCUCACACGCCCAGUAUAUCUGCACCGCUGCCCCCACUCGCAAUGGGUCAGACGAUCGUGCAGACACGCUACCAGGGCUUGUGGUGGGGGGCAGAGCGCAUCUGGACAGACGAGCUUAUUCGACUCAAAUUUUCGCGAGGCCAGAUCGCUCCCGAAGGAAAUGAUCUUAUCAAUGCGCCUGCUGGUCCAAGCAAGAAGGCGCAGGAGUAUGCGCGGUCCAUGGGCGGCCAGGUCGGCGGUGCUGAGGGGCGGGGCGUGUUUAUGCACCUCGAAGGAUUGUUCGUUGCCGAUCCGCCGAGCGGGAGGGGAUCCAAAGUCUGCCAUGCAGUAGGGACGCUUUACGAACUCGUGGAUGAAGACUGGGAGGAAGAAUGUGACGGUCGGGAGAUGAUAGUUGACAAAGGGAAGGGCAGAGCGAUCGAAAAUGGCAAUUCAAGCAUAGACGGGCCACUUGCACUGGAUGGUCUACCAUCCGGACUUUCAUUCAUGAAUGGUACAUCCCCACUGAAACCGCCCCCGCUCGCAAACCCAGAUCCAGCGGUUCCCGUUGAAGGCACGACAACAGAUGUUCUCUCGCACAGCAACGUAGCUGGCGCCUCCGCCUCCGCUUUCGCUUCUGCCUCUACCGCACCAAAACGUGACGUGAACAACGCGCUCUCGCACCCGGUCCUCAGUUCCUUUCCACUGCCAAAGGCCCCCGACGGGUUCAAGUUCCGCCCCAUCUUGAAGCCGGGCCAUGAGAUUGUCGUGGACCUGACGUGGAUCGCAGGACGGUAUUACCCAGGCCUUCUCGAACACCGGCUGCUUGACAGGCACGUCGAACGCGCGCUUGCUGCGGGCGGAACACAGUUAUGGGCUCUCGAAGGUCUGACUGCUGGGUGCUAUAAUGCGAUGGACCCGACGAGGUGGAAGGCGACUCGCUCCGCGAUGGUGCGGGAGGCAAAUAAUGAUGCGCGGGUGGGGUUAGAGGAGCACUGGAAGAACAAAGAGAAAGAACGCCAGGAGGCGAAGCUGUUGGAGGAAUCAUUUUUGCCGCCGUCGGGAAUGGAUAGUGGUGCUGGGGGAUCUGGGCUGGAUGAGAGUUCUGGCACUGCUGCGCCAGGAUCAAACGGCGAUGGGCAGGGUGUUGUGGACGCCAACGAGGAGAGAAUUGAAUGGAAAGUAGUACCGAAUGGGAUGCUGGAGGACAAUGCGAUGUCAGUUGAUUAG